AUGCAGAAAGCCACCUACUACGACAACGCCGCGGCAGCACUCUUCGGAGGCUAUUCCUCGUACCCUGGCAGCAAUGGCUUCGGCUACGACGGUCCCCCCCAACCCCCCUUUCAGGCCGCCACGCACCUGGAGGGCGACUACCAGCGCUCGGCGUGCUCGCUGCAGUCCCUGGGCAACGCCGCCCCUCAUGCCAAGAGCAAGGAGCUUAACGGCAGCUGCAUGAGGCCCGGCCUGGCCCCCGAGCCCCUGCCCGCCCCGCCCGGCUCACCCCCGCCCAGCGCCGCACCUACCAGUACCACUAGCAACAGCAGUAAUGGGGGCGGGCCCAGCAAAAGCGGCACCCCCAAGUGCGUUCCUGGCUCCAACUCCACCCUCACCAAACAGAUAUUCCCCUGGAUGAAAGAGUCAAGGCAAACGUCCAAGCUGAAAAACGGCUCCCCCAGCACAGCGGAGGGCUGCGGCGGCGGCGGCGGUGGCGGCGGCAGUGGCAGCGGCGGGGGCGGCGGCGGCGGCGGCGGCGGGGGAGGGGACAAGAGCCCCCCGGGGUCGGCGGCGUCCAAGCGCGCGCGGACGGCGUACACGAGCGCGCAGCUGGUGGAGCUGGAGAAGGAGUUCCACUUCAACCGCUACCUGUGCCGGCCGCGCCGCGUGGAGAUGGCCAACUUGCUGAACCUCAGCGAGCGGCAGAUCAAGAUCUGGUUCCAGAACCGGCGCAUGAAGUACAAGAAGGACCAGAAGGCCAAGGGCCUGGCCUCGUCGUCCGGGGGCCCCUCCCCCGCCGGCAGCCCCCCGCAGCCCAUGCAGUCCACGGCCGGCUUCAUGAACGCCUUACACUCCAUGACCCCCAGCUACGAGAGCCCGUCCCCGCCCGCCUUCGGCAAAGCCCACCAGAAUGCCUACGCGCUGCCCUCCAACUACCAGCCCCCUCUCAAAGGCUGCGGCGCCCCGCAGAAGUACCCCCCGACCCCGGCGCCCGAUUACGAGCCUCAUGUCCUCCAAGCCAAUGGGGGCGCCUAUGGGACGCCCACCAUGCAGGGCAGCCCCGUGUACGUGGGCGGGGGCGGCUACGCGGAUCCGCUGCCGCCCCCUGCCGGCCCCUCCCUCUACGGCCUCAACCACCUUUCCCACCACCCUUCGGGGAACCUGGACUACAAUGGGGCGCCCCCUAUGGCCCCCAACCAGCAUCACGGACCCUGUGAUCCCCACCCUACCUACACAGACCUCUCCUCUCACCAUGCGCCUCCUCCUCAGGGUAGAAUCCAAGAAGCGCCCAAAUUAACACACCUGUGAUGGGAGAGGGAGGGCGGAGGGGCGAGGCCAUGGGGUGGAUGAGAGCCAGAAGGGGCGCGAGGCCGCGGGGCUCCAGGAGGGCAGCCUGGAGGUCUGACGGAGAAGGCCAGGAGGGAUCAGGCACACUUCCUGGGAAGGCCAGGCCUGCAGCUCCUUUCUCUUCCCCUGGCCUGAAAAGUUACAUUUUAAGGUUCCCCCAGUCCCUGGUUGGAGAGGAAUCCACAGCGGAUUGUGGAGAAGACCCCAUCAACCCUAGUCCUCCAGCCCAGUUGGGAUUCUAUGCUCCCGAGUUGGGUGGAGGAAGAGGAGAUAAGGAAGCAAGGUAGAAAAGCACAUUAAAACAAACAAAAACAGACAAGAUGGCUAGGCCAUCACCAACCAACCAACUUACCUUCCAUCUCUGUGGUUAAUUCCUCCAAAUCUUGAUUUUUUCCCCUCUUCCAAUUCUCCUUUUAAAAAACAAAAGAAAGCGCAUUUCAAAACCAAGGGCACAAAGCACGCUCCCCUCCCACUUCCAUGAAGCCUCAAGUUUCUUCCCAACUAUUUGAGGCUUACUGGGCAUUCCCUCCAUUUUUAGCCCCCUAGUUUCUGCUUUAGGACAUUAAUAUCUCUACCCCGCCCCCAUCUAUUACGGUUUUCAGAGGGCUCAGGGAUGGUGAGAGAUCCUGAAAGUCAGAGCUGUCUAUAUUAUAAAUAUAUAUUUUUUUCUUUUAUGGAAACUGGGAGGUCAGAGCAGGCAAGGUGUCAGGACUAAAGGUUUGCCCAUUCUGCUGCCUCCCAUCUCAGCUCCAGAACCAUCCCCCUCUCUCCACAGAAAGCAAUCGGCGACACGAGGUUCUACACUUUUCUUUUCUUCUGUUGCUCUCUUGACUUAACGUGAAAACAGGGUAUAUUUUAACAAACUGUCUGUCCCACGCAGGGGCUGCAGCUGGGCCUGUGCGCCUUGCCCAACCCCCUGACAGGACACUUUUGUUGCACUUAGAGUUUACAUUUUAAUGGAUAUAAAAACAACUGUGAGAGAUGCCUGGGCCUGCAGGAAUCCAGCAUCGCUCAAAAAGUGUGUUCUAGUGAACAUUUUCAUAUAUAUUUAUUGGUUAUAGCUUGUUAAAAUAUUUUCUUUUUUGUAUUAUUUAUCCCCCCUACAUUAUGUAUUUAUAUGAGGGAAAAAAUGAAAAACUGUACUUUUUUAGUAUUUACUUGUUAUAAAGGACAUUGUGUUUCCUGUCAUGUAAAACCAGCUAUUUUAGUUAUUAUUGUACUCUAGAAAAGAGCUGUAGAUUUAUGUUAAACUCGUACUUAUGAGCAAUUGUAAUUAGUUCUAAAAGGCAUGAACUCAGCUCCUAUUGUCACUGUAUAGUCCUGAAUUUGUAGAAUUAGAGUUAAUUCCCUCUUGGAACUUUCUUUAUUCUUCUGUAGUUACUUUUUUCCUUACUUGAAAGGGUUGUCUGUCAAACAAUUCUUGAAUAAACUUUCUGUUAACAAUUUUA